AAAUUUUCAAAGCAUCACGGAGUAAUUAUGGCGUCUUAACCAUUUACAGAUGUUCCAUCAAACAAAAAGACCAGCAAGCAGUUAAAAAAAAAAAGAGAAAGAAAAAAGGAAAAAUGAGCGGUGAAAGAAAACAAGAAUCAAAAGACGACGACGAAUAUAAACCCAUCGGCACAAAACAACAGAAAAGACUCAGCCCCAUGGCAGAAAACACCAAUAAUGGAGGAUCAUCGCCGCCGUCGCCGGUGACAAAAAUCCCUCAAGACCAGCUCUUUUCGAUCCUGCUCCUGUUGCCGGUCGAAUCGAUCCUAUGUUUCUCCAUGACCUGCAAAAAGUUCAAGACUUUGGCCUAUUCCGAUUCCCUCUGGGAAUCCAUCUGCCGGAGGGACUGGGGGCAAACGCCUGUCAACGCCCUGAAUAGGGGUUCCGAUCGCCUGCAGCGGCAUCCAUGGAGGGAGUUGUACCGGCGGGUUUAUGGGUUGGACUCCGUGAGCUGCCGCAGGCUGAGGAGCGGCCCAGAUGGCGAUGGGAUUUUGCCGACGCCCAGAGCUUCUCAUUCGCUGAAUUUAGUUUCUGGGUGUUUGGUUCUCUUUGGUGGGGGGUGUGAAGGAGGCAGACACCUCGACGACACAUGGGUCGCAAACUUGAGCGAAAACCCAACCCUACCCCUCAGAUGGCACAAGACCGAUUCAGGCAGCCCGGGCGGCCGGUUCGGCCACUCGUGCGUCUCGGUCCGCGGCUCCCUCGUCCUCUUCGGCGGCAUCAACGACCUCGGCACACGCCACAACGACACCUGGAUCGGCCGCCUCGUGGGCCCGUCGGCCCACCUCUCCUGGCAGCCCCUCGACUCCGGCCCCAUCUCCCCACCUCCCCGUGGGGCCCACGCAGCCUGCUGCAUCGACAAUAAGUACGUGCUCGUCCACGGAGGCAUCGGCCCAUCUGGAACUCGGCUUGGCGACACGUGGAUCCUCGACCCGGAUUCGAAAACUUGGAGGCAAAUCACGGCCCGGCCCAGCCCGCCUUCGAGAUCGGGCCACACGCUGACCCAUGUGGGCCAAUCCGCCGGGACUGUACUGUUCGGAGGAAGGGGAACGGGGCUCGAGGUCUUGGGGGACGUUUGGCUGCUGAACUCGCGAUGGGAGUGGAGACAGCUGGCGUUCGAGCCGCGGAGCGUGCCUCGUGGGCUCUCUCUGCCUCGGGUGGGCCACUCGGCUAGCCUCAUCGUGGGCCAGAGGCUGCUUAUCUACGGUGGGGAGGACUCGUAUAGGAACCGGAAGGACGACUUUUGGGUGUUGGAUGUGGGCUCGUCUUCUAGGAGGCUGUGGAGGAGAGUCGAGUCCAGAGGGGAGAGGCCUGAUUGCAGGUCGUUUCAUGGGGCGUGUGUGGAUGAGACGGGUCGGUUUUUGUACGUGUAUGGAGGGAUGGUUGACGGGUUGGUCCGGCCUGCCGACCCGUCUGGGCUGAGGUUUGAUGGGGAGAGUUUCUUGGUGGAGCUUGUGUUGUAGACAUAGGCUUUUAAGUGGGGAGUGGAAUUGUGUCAAAUUAUCUGGGGUUGCUUGGUGUUUUGUAAAUAUGGUUUGCUUUCUUAUGGGGAGCAUUAGUUUGGGUUAGUUGUAGGGUUGUGUAUCUAAAUGUUGUAGGUAUUGGUAAAAAUUAUGGGUGAGUGGUUUUUAUCCUUUGUGGUUGAUUGUUAAAGAUGGAGAUGUUGAUAAAUGAGCUUCUUUUUUUAACUUCUUAUAUGGAACUGAUAGUGGUGGCCAUCAUCUGUGUAUUGUUUUUAGGAUUUCAUUUCACUCUGUGUAUAUAUGUUCCUUUCAAGUUUCUCAGUUAAUAA